CCUUUUGACCCAACAUGCCCCCUGGACUUUACCCAAAAUAGUAACAGUCGGUAGAAAAACCAAAGAGUACUUUGGAACAACUAUGUGUAAAUCCACAAACCAUUUUGUCUUAAUUAUACGUUCAAACCAACAAGAACGAUGAAUUAUAAAGAAAACAUUUUAAAUUUAUUCGAACAGAAACAAUUAGUAACAGUUUGCGCACCAAUGGUCCGUUACAGUAAAUUGCAGUUUCGAACACUGGUACGGGAAUACAAUUGUGACUUGUGCUACACCCCGAUGAUUAUGGCAGACUCGUUUUGUCGCAGUGGUAAAGCAAGGGACAACGAAUUUACAACUAACUUAGAAGAUUCUCCGGUAAUUGUUCAAUUUGCUGCAAAUACAGUGCACGAAUUUGUAGGUGCUGCUUAUAUGGUCUCACCGUAUUGCAACGGGGUUGACCUUAACUGCUGCUGUCCACAGAAUUGGGCAAAGCAGCUAGGUAUUGGUUGUGAAAUGCUAAAUCACCCAGAGCUCAUAUCAGACCUAGUUCGACAAUGUCGCAAUCAAGUUUUGAAACCCUUCACUGUUAGUGUGAAGCUAGGGGUACUUAAAGAUGACAGGAGAACUAUUGAGACAUGCAGGCAGGUAGAAAAAGCAGGUAUUGACUUUUUAGCUGUGCAGGCAAGGAUACCAACACAAAGUGUAAGGGCAAUUGACACAAACAUCUUAAAAUUGAUUGUUGAAAAUGUACACUGUCCCGUUAUUGGAAAUGGAGGUGUGCAAACCUUUGAUGAUUGUCUUAAUCUACAAAAGGAAACAAGUUGCAAUGGUGUAAUGGUUGCAAAUGGUUUGUUAACAAACCCAACUCUGUUUACUGGUACUCAAUGUACCCCACUUGAAUGUGUACAAAAAUGGUUGGAUAUAUGCUUCAACAUCACGCUCAAGGACAAUUUGUGCAACCAGCUCACAAUUCCAGAACGUCCUCCCAAUUUAACAUUUCAAUGUUUUCAUCACCAUUUAGUGUUUAUGUUAGAAAAGUUGUUAACAACGAGUCAACGUAGAACAUUUAAUAACUUACAACAUUUUGAUGAUGUUUUAAUGUUUCUACAGGAGCAUUUAGGUUUAAAACCUCAAGUCUGUGAAGAAAUUAUGUUUAAGAAACAACAGAUUUUAAAUUUAGAUUAUUAUGGUCGUGAUAGUGUGCACAACAAAUUAAAGUCACUAUAUCAAACUGAUGAAGAAUUAGUGAGAGUAGAUUAUAAUUAUGAUAAUGAUGGACAAUUUUUUAAAAGUAAAUUAGUGAUAGACAAUUCAAUAUAAUUUGUCUUGGAAAAUAUACGACCUUA